AUGGCCAACCCCAUCAACGAAUCUGCCGCCGAGUCCUUAUGCUGCACCAUGAGAGGCCUCUCCUUUGUGAUUGUGCAAGACAAUGCCCGUACACCAUCGUCAAUGUGCCUGAAGCGGGCCAGAGGAGCCCGAUGGCAAAGCGUUGUCAAGGUGGACACGAACUGCCAGACGGCUUUGCCCAGUAUGCCGCGACGAUGCAAGACGCCGCCGUCGGAGUCCUUGUAUCAGUUGGUUUCGGAUGCCACUGCCGGCAAUACAACUACUACGACAAGCCCCAAUACUCGCAGUCGCUCCCCCAAGGCAGCUGCCGUCCUGGCAAAGGGACAGGCUCCGUCGUUGCCUCGCGUACCCCGACGCAAGACCUCCGGUACCAAGACACAACCAGUGGCAAGCCCUACCACCAGUCCAACCAAUACCAAUAAAGCAGCCACGUCGGACAGUCUCGAGAAGCUCUACUCCAGUUGCAGUGCCAUGUCCUGGACUCCUCCGAAAAAACAGCCAACCUUUCCACACAACCAAACACGCAGUCCGUCGUCUUCCAGCCUCCUUCACAACGACGGGAAUGACACCAUCAGUGAUAGUAACCCCAAGAACACCGCUACAGCACCAGAGCGACCACGGGCAAAGAGGGCAUCUUUGUUGCUCGUAAACAGCCCAGUUUGUGCAAACUGA